GCCUUCCCCUGCACGAUGACUCCGCCGCCGCACAGCACUUUCCCGGAGCGCGCGACGUCAUCGCCUGAGGGGACGUGUCAAAGAUCGCAGUGUCAAGAAGAUCAAGUUGAUGAGCGAGACAUUUUCUGCUUUUAUCGUCAGUUAGAGAUGGGCCGUAAAGAUGUUCAUACGCACAGUCUUCCUGUUGACAAAUACAGGAAGCAAAUUGGAACUCAGUACAAGAAGAAAACCAAUGUUGACGCCAAGGUGCUGAAGAAGAAUACGGAGAUGAAAAGCAACUCUCCAAAGCUUUAUCAGGAUAUUAAAGUUGUACUGAGUGGCUUUGCUGGAAUGGUACUUCUGAGCUACUUGCUACUGUACCUGUGGCUUGUUAAUAAGAAAGUGGAAUAAGCACUGCCAUAUGAAAUGUUAUACAAAGCAUUAUGCACAUAGAGCAAUUAUUAACUUUUAUAAUAAGCAAGAUUUACAGUGCUCAAUAUAAUGCAUACUUGUGGAGUUUAUGUAUAGCAGUAAUUAAUAGUGAGUAGAACAGUUUUACCAAAGUGUAAAAUACUUUUGAACUAUGCAGGAUAGAGAAUUGGGUGCAAAUAGUUUUUAAAGUAUUUGGGACAUUUAAAAAUUAUUAAUCCACAGCAUAGCAAUAAUAACCUUUGGAAACUAAUACAUUUGAUAUUUUACACAUUACUGAUAGUUCAGAUGAUGAUAUUAGUUGGUUCUGUUUGGGUACUUUUUUUAUAUUAUCUGGUGCUUGUUUAAUACUAGUCUUUAUGGGCAUAUUAUGUAGUUUUUAUGUGUUGACAUUCUCUUGGUAUAAUUGAAUAAUGAGCAGAUGAAUGUCUGCAGAUGAGGAUAGAUAUCUUAAUAAAUUUGUUUAAAAAAAUACAUAAUGAUUAACAUAUAUUUUUUAUGAUAAAACAGAACCUUUCAAAUGGCUUUCUACUUUUUAGUCAGUCUAAUACCAAAGCUUUUUUAUUUAUUCUGAUAUUUGUCUUGGGCAGCUGGAUUUCAAAAGCAGCAAAAAUUCAUGGAGAGUGGUUUGCUGUGAUGUUUUAUUUUUUAUUAUUUAUAAAAAAAAAGUUAUAUUUUGGUUCAAGGAUAAUAAGUUUUGAGAUAUUUGGUUCUUAUUAAGAUUAAACUUUAUCCCUAUCUUCAUUUUAUUGUAUGGAAGUUAGUCUAGAAGUAAAAAUGUUUUUGUUAAAAGCAGUGUUGUGACACGCUUUUUGAGUUGGUAAAGGGAAAAUUUAUUUUGUUAUAUUUUAUCUGUAAAGUAUGUUUUGGUAAAAGUAGCAUUUUUGGUAUAAAUAUAUUUAGUUUACAAGUAAUGGUAAUGUAUGUAAGACAAAAAGUAAAUUACCAUUGUUAUAUUCUAUUCAUUUGUUAUUCAGAUGUGGAAUCUGAAUAGUAGUGAGACUUUGGGAACAAAUAUUUUUGUGAUAAAAGGAUUAUGCACAAAUAUAAUAUGUAAGGUACAUUUUCUACUGGAAAGAUUUACCACAAUUUUUUUUUUAUAUUAUGCAAUAAAUGAUAAAUUAUAUAAA